CACUCUAUUCUGACUUUCAAGAACACAGUUCCGCGACACGCUUGCCCUGAGAUCAUGUCUCUUCGCCUUUCCAGUGGAUCCAGGAGGUCCUAUGCUCGCCCCAGCACAGGAUCGCUCAGGGGAGCCAGCUUCGGAGCUGGAAAUGCUUGUGGUGUGGCAGGCAUUGGAAGUGGCUUCUCCUGCGCCUUUGGGGGCAGCUCCACAGGAGGAAACACGGGGGUGGCCAACUCCUGUGCUGGCUUCACUGUGAAUGAGGGGGGUCUCCUCUCCGGCAAUGAGAAAGUGACCAUGCAGAACCUCAACGACCGCCUGGCCUCCUACCUGGAUAACGUGCAAGCACUGCAGGAAGCCAACGCUGACCUGGAGCAGAAGAUCAAGGGCUGGUAUGAAAAAUUUGGACCUGGGUCGUGCCGCGGUCUCGAUCAUGACUACAGUAGAUACUUCCCCAUCAUUGACGAUCUUAAAAAUCAGAUCAUCACCUCCACCACCAGCAACGCCAACGCUGUUCUGCAGAUUGACAAUGCCAGGCUCACGGCUGAUGACUUCAGACUCAAGUACGAAAAUGAGCUGGCUCUCCACCAGAGCGUAGAGGCUGAUGUCAACGGGCUGCGCAGGGUUCUGGAUGAGAUCACCCUGUGCCGCACUGACCUGGAGAUUCAGUACGAAACCCUGAGCGAGGAGCUGACUUACCUCAAGAAGAACCACAAAGAGGAAAUGCAGGCUCUGCAGUGCGCAGCUGGAGGCAACGUGAACGUGGAGAUGAAUGCAGCCCCAGGUGUGGACCUCACCGUCCUGCUGAAUAACAUGAGAGCUGAGUACGAGGCCCUGGCUGAGCAGAACCGCAGGGACGCUGAAGCCUGGUUCCAAGAGAAGAGUGCUUCGCUGCAGCAGCAGAUCACCGAGGACGUGGGCGCUACCACUUCAGCCAGGAAUGAGCUGACCGAAAUGAAGCGCACACUCCAAACCCUGGAGAUUGAACUGCAGUCUCUCCUGGCCACGAAACACUCGCUGGAGUGCUCCCUGACGGAGACCGAGGGCAACUACUGCACGCAGCUGGCUCAGAUCCAGGCUCAGAUCAGCGCCCUGGAGGAGCAGCUGCACCAGGUGAGGACGGAGACCGAGGGCCAGAAGCUGGAAUAUGAGCAGCUGCUGAACGUCAAGGCCCACCUGGAGAAGGAGAUCGAGACCUACUGCCUCCUCAUAGGAGGAGAUGAAGGGGCCUGUAAGUCUUCGAGUUACAAGUCUAAAGAUUAUGGAUCUGGAAACGCCGGAACCCAAAUCAAAGAUUCAGCCAAAGCCAUCGUGGUUAAGAAAGUUCUAGAGGAGGUGGAUCAGCGCAGCAAGAUACUUACCACUAGGCUCCACUCCCUGGAAGAGAAAUCUCAAAGCAAUUAGCAAAGAUCAGAAGCGAAAGAAGAAGAAGAGCUUCAGAGAAGACAAGGCGUGAAAUGUGUCUGGGAAAUGAGCAAGCCUGUGGGAAAAAAAUGUCUGUCCUGUUGUCUUCUGUUCCUUUCUCCUUCUGAGCCAGCAGCAGCAGAACUCCCCAUCCGUCUGGAGGGAUGUCACUUGCAAACGUGAGGGCUCACCUGAUUACCCUACAGCCAUCUGUCAGCAUUUCUUUGCAGUCAAUAAACCUUCCUUGAGCAACUUAUCUCUAGUGACUGCCACGGUCUUGUCUUUGGAAGGUCCGUGGCUGUGCUGCAGACUGUGGACGCGUAGCAACUUUGGAUUGGUGUGAAGUUUACACACUAAUUAGGAGGUCUUCCCCCUCGGGUUUUCACAAGGAUUUCUAGACAAGGUCAGGGAGAAUAAAAGUACUUCCAACUGACACUUUGACAGGAGAAACCUAUUUCCUGUCACCAUUCAUAAAUGUGUGCCUGACGCAUUCUUCAUCUGCAAGUGGGAAUAAAGAAAGCAUUUGUAUUGAAGUGAGGUAGACAUCCAAUAAUAGUAAUAGAGUAAUGAAAUACUAACUUUACUUCAA